CCGGCAGUGCCGCUCAGGCGGGCAGGGGGCUCAGCCAGGCUCAGGGAGGUGGGGGUUGGGGCCUGCUUCCCAGAACUUCUGCCGGCGGCCGGAUGGCGACCAGGCCCCGGCUGAGAGUUACAGCCAGGAAGGCUGGAGGGCCAGGCCCUGAUCGGGAGGGGCUGCAGACCACCCUCCUGCUGGGAACCAUGGGGCCUGGCGCCAACCCCAGGUCUCCUGGGGGGGGGCGGUCACUGGACAGGAACUGAUGGGGAGGCCCUCACUCUCUUCAUCUCAGACGGGAACCCAGCAGCCCGGCCGCCCCUGUGGAAUGUCAGGACAGUGCACGGUGUCCUGGGUAAACUGAGGCACGUGGGGACCCCAGCCAAGGUCCUUCAGGACUAGGGUGCCAGAUUUCAUAAAAACACAGGACGCCUAGUUAUACGUGAAUGUCAGGUAAACAGUGACUGAUAGAGAAGUGUGUCCCGUGCAAUAUUUGGGAGCUACUUACUCUAAAAGAAAUUUGUUUAUCUGACCUUCCAUUUAAUCGUGCAGCCCUAGCGGAGACCCUGCUAGAGCCAACCUGGGCCCCUCGCGCCCCUCCUCCCACCCCCUCUUCCCACCACUCGCCCCCCCAGGGCGGGGGAGAGGAAGUGGGGACACGUGGCCCCACCGUGGGGCAACUGCAACGGCCUCCGGGCGUGGGGCUAUAAGAGGGGCAGGUGGGCGCAGGGGGCAGAGACGCCAGAGCCCCGGCCCGGCCAUGACUCCGAGCCGCAGCGCCUCCCGCCCCGCCCUCGUGCCCCUGCUGCUGGCCAUGCUGCUGGCUGGCCCGGCACUGGCCUCGGAGAUCGUGGGUGGCCGCGCCGCCCAGCCCCACGCGUGGCCCUUCAUGGUGUCCCUACAGCGGCGAGGAGGUCACUUCUGUGGUGCUACUCUCAUUGCCCCCAACUUCGUCAUGUCGGCUGCCCACUGCGUGAAUGGUUUGAACUUCCGUUCGGUGGUGGCAGUGCUGGGGGCACAUGACCUGGGGCAACGUGAGCCCACCAGGCAAACAUUCGCCAUCCAGCGGGUCUUUGAAAACGGCUUCGACCCCCAGAGGCUGCUGAAUGACAUCGUGAUCCUCCAGCUCAACGGGUCAGCCACCAUCAACAGGAACGUGCGGGUGGCCAGGCUGCCUGCCCAGAAUCAAGGUGUGGGCAGUGGGGUGCCGUGCCUGGCCAUGGGCUGGGGCCAGCUGGGCACGACCCGGCCACCGCCCAGGAUCCUGCAGGAGCUCAACGUGACCGUGGUGACCACCCUCUGCCGCCGAGCCAACGUGUGCACGCUGGUGCCCCGUCGGCGGGCUGGCAUCUGCUUUGGGGACUCUGGCGGGCCACUGCUCUGCAACGGGCUGGUCCAGGGCAUUGACUCGUUCAUCCGCGGAAGCUGCGGCUCCGGGUUCUACCCGGACGCCUUUGCUCCAGUCGCACAGUUCGCAGACUGGAUCAACUCCAUCAUCCGCCGCGGCCGACCGCCCCUCCCUCCACCCGCGGGACCCGGCCAGCAGGACCGGCUAGGAAGAGCUGCCCCUGGCCCGGCCCUGCCCGCACUGCAUCCUUCGCAUCUCACACAAUAAAAGCCCUCUCUGUUUUGUACGAACGUGUCCGGGUGUUCGGUGGUUGUUCAGCUGGGUAUUGAACGUAGUCAGCAAAGUGUCUGGGGCAUCUCAUGAGUAUGUUGUCACCAAAGAGCGGCCAAUUCAGGGCGUUGGGGUAAGAAGGCCCUUCCCCCCCUCCACGAAAGGAUGCCUGUUGCCAUUCGGGUUCCCAGCGGAUGACAGUGCUGCUGGCGGUGAGGGUACAGACUGGAGCCGCUGCUCACUGAGGGCCCCACGGCACAGGACCCGCGCUGGCUCCUUGCCCCGUUCACUCCGCUGGCCCUCUCUCCAGCCCUUGAGGCGGGUCCCAUCAGUGCCCCAUUUUACAGGUGAAGAAGUGGGG